AUCGGUUCGGUUUGAUUUUAUCCCCAACCUAACCAACCACACAUAAAAAACUACUGGAUCAACAUUAAAUCAGAGAUCUAACUUAUUCGAUCCGGCGAUGGCGAGAUUCUCAGUUUGUGGAGGAGACGACGGAGAAGGACCUAGCAACAACAACAAUCAUCAAUCCCGGAAAAGACAACGACUUCCCUCAAUCGAUGAAAACGAAGAAGACGCCGAAACUUCCGACGCCGGAAGUUCCGGUGAAGAAGAAGACGAAGAAGAAACUCAGAAUCGAGGAACGAGAACGGAAUCUGAAGAUCGAGAAUCAACGAGCGAUGAUGAUAGCGAUCGUGAAGUUUUGAUAGAAGAGAGACGAUUUGGUAAAUUCGUAAAUAGUCAGAGUUCGAGCAAAGAUUCGCCUCUUUCUGUGACGUUAUUGGAUCCAGAUGUUCUUGAUUGUCCUAUUUGUUGCGAGCCAUUGAAGAUUCCAAUCUUUCAGUGUGAUAAUGGUCAUUUGGCUUGUACUUUGUGCUGCACCAAAGUGAGGAACCGAUGCCCGUCGUGUACAUUACCCAUUGGUUACGUUCGUUGCAGAGCGAUGGAGAAGGUUAUAGAAACAUCUAGAGUCUCGUGUCCAAAUGCUAAGUACGGGUGUAAAGAGAAUACCGCCUAUGGAAACCGUUUUAGCCAUGAGAAGGUGUGUGUUUUUACCCCUUGUUUUUGUCCCAUAGUUGACUGCAACUACUCUGGGUAUUACAAGGAUCUCAACAACCACGUCCGUGCUGAACACAAAGAUGACCUGAUCUCGUUCGUGUGGAACACUCGUUUAACUUUGAGCUUGGACCUCAAUGAGAAGACCACAAUUCUUCAGGAAGAAAACGAUGGGGAUGUGAUUGUUGUUCAAGUUUUCAAGGCUUUGCACGCUGUGUAUCUUAGUGUGAGCUGUAUUGCACCUUUGGCACCGGGAGUGGGUAAGUUCUCAUGCAGACUGUUGAAUAUAACCGUUGGUAGCUUACUGAAGCAAGGAUUUAUGGUGAAGAACGUUCAAAAAGUGACUAAUGAACUACCUGAAGAUGGUUUUAUGUUGAUUCCUUCUUAUUUGUUGUCUGGUAAUGAGAACUUGAAUUUGCAGAUUUGGAUUGGCCGUGGCCGGGUCUUUGUUCAUUCCUGAUUAUGUAAACAACUGAUGUCUAGUCAUAAAACUUUUCAUGCUCAAUUUUAGGUGUAUAUGGAAUGUGCAUGCUUUUAAGAUC